CAUGUACCAUUUUUCCUGAUCUUGUUUACAUUCUGAUUGUGCCCACAUUUUCAGGCAGGUGUAGACGACUAAAAGACCAGGCUCAAUAGGUAUUCAGGGACCCAUUGUACAUGGAUAUCAAUGAAGUUUUAACAGAUCUGGAUGGUCAAAUCAUUUAAAUCAUUAUUAUACCGGCCUCUCAAAUCAUUGACAGGUUGCACCAUUGGCGUAUGGCAUCAAUAAUUGUCUUAAAAUAAAUACAUUCAUAUUAUUUUGAAAGAAAGUCAAAUAAUGUGUAUACAGGCAGGCACCAGGAAAUCUAGUCACAAUGCGAGCACAGUGUACGGAAAAGAGAGACAUUUUACCUCCAUGUGUAAACGAACCUCAAGCCGAUAGUGAUUGGGACCACAUGUUAGCUCAAGGUGUAAACAAGGUUAGAGAGAGCGAGGGAGUUUAGAGGAGGGAGAGUAGCCUACCUCACCAGUGAGUGGUAGCCUAUUGUGGAGGAGAGGAGACUGAUUCUGGACCCAUCAUACCACCAUGCUCAGCUAGAAUCGAUUGAAGACUUGACCAGGGGGUGGUGAAGUUGCAUGCAAAAGGAAUAUUGAUUGUUGAUAAGACCAGCAUGUAUUUUGGUAACGUCUGUCAGACUGCUACCCUGCCUUCAUUGGACCUUGGGCCUCCUGUGGGAGGAGUCCACCAAUCCAUGGCGCUGAAGCCCCUCCUCCCGCUUAGCCUGUUCCAUGGUUUCACUGAAAUGGACCGUGAUCACAAAUCCUGUUUUGGUCCAGGAUUUGGACUAACCACGCCCUUUAUGAGGAAACCCAGCUCAUCGUGUGUCGUUUGCCGACUGAGGUUCAACUCAGAGAGCCAGGCCUCAUCCCAUUACAAUGGUACCAAACACUUCAAGAGGCUCAAAGCCCUCGACCCACUGGACUGCAAGACCAGAGCCCCCAACACAGUAUCCAAGGAAACCACGACCAAGAGCGUAUCACCCUGCCUUGUGCCGCCCAGCUCAGAACCCAGUUCAACAGAUGUCACAGCCGGAGCUGUGUUGUCACCACCCUCUGCCUCUAGGGUGGUUCCAUCGACCUGCAGCCCAUCUGUAUCCAUGGAAAUGCCCUCUGACCCCUCUCUGUCACUCUGUCCCCUGGUGGAGAAGGAGAAGGAGAUGGAGGGAGAGGUGGAGGAGGUUGUGGAGUCAGAGGUAAAGAAGGCUAAGAGACUACUAUACUGUUCUCUCUGCAAGGUGGCGGUCAACUCUGCAUCCCAGCUACAGGCUCACAACAGUGGCACGAAACACAAGACAAUGCUGGAGGCCAGGAGCGGCGACGGAGCCAUAAAGUCAUUCCCCAGGUCAGGGGUCAAAGCCAAGCUGGCCACUCCCACUGAGGUGUCGACUGGGCUACAGAACAAAACUUUCCACUGUGAGAUCUGCGAUGUUCACGUCAACUCCGAGACACAACUCAAACAGCACAUCAGCAGUAGAAGGCAUAAAGACCGUGCAGCAGGGAAGCCAGCCAAGCCCAAGUUUAGCCCCUAUGGUCUGCCGCCUCAACGCAACCAGAAUCUGCAGACAGUUGGGAUCACUCUGAGGAAGGAGGACUUGGCAAAGCCUCUCGUCUCGCGCCUCUUACAGAGCCAUCUCUCCCUCGCUGCUGCUGCUGCCAUGGCAACCCUGUCCCCGUUCCAUUUGCGCCCUGCCCCUACAUCUGGCUCCGCCCUCUUUCAGACUCAGCCCCUCCACCAGCCCCUAUUACAUCCUGCCCCAGGACCUCUCCGUACGGCACAUACAUCAGUUCUGUUCUCACCGUACUGACACAGACCUGAACCAGAUUUGGCCUACUCCUGACUCAGACCCAUGUCAGAUGGACCAGAACUCAACUCUGUGGGACCAGUGCAGACAAACUGCAGUCUGUAAAGUUGGAAACAGAGUUGGGAUCAGAUUCAGAGUAUUUAUCUCUACUGACCAUCUUGGACCAGGGUGUCUAUGUUGGUUUUUGUGCGAUGCUUGAGUGUGUGCGUGUGUGCGUGUGUGUGUGUUCAUGUGUUCGUUCGUGUGUUUGUCAUGAAAUAUGAGUAUUGUUUUUCAAUAAAGAAUUUGUUGCUUACCUGGA